UUUCUGUUUAGUAAAAUUCCGGAUGCUGCAGAAAUUUUCUGAUACUUUGUUUCUUACUUGGUUGCAGUUUGAAGUCAUUGAAAUGGAGAACAGAAGGUACAACGGCAGACAAGACAUACGUAGAAGACAACAUAAAGCAGAUGAGGAAGAUGAGGCAUCUGUUCUUGAGGAAUUUGCAGAGGAAUUUCGCCUACCAAUUCAUCACAGACCAACAGAAAACGUAGAUCUUGAUAAUGUUGAACAAGCUUCAUUAGACACACAACAAACAUCAUCUAAUGUUGGUUUCCGGCUUCUUCAAAGAGUGGGUGGAAAGGGAAAGGAAUCACCGAACCCAUCAAAUCCGGAAUCCGAGAUUCAAAACUCGAGUUGGAAAACAAGAACAAGACGAUUUCUUCACAUCAGAAGAAAACAUCCAACGAAGAAACUCGACAUUGAAGUCGAAGAAACCGAGGAAACCGCAAAGAAACGAGAGGUUAUGGCAGAUCGAGAGCACAAAAUUCAAACUGAAGUCAAUGAAAUCCGCAAGACUUUCUAUUGUGAGCUUUGCAAUAAGCAGUACAAGUUAGCAGUUGAAUUUGAAGGUCAUCUUAGCUCAUAUGAUCACAAUCAUCGAAAGCGGUUUAAAGAAAUGAGAGAAAUGCACGGAAGCAGCAGCCGUGAUGACAGGCAAAAACGUGAACAGUUGCGUCAGGAAAAGGAGAUGGCUAAGUUUGCUCAAAUGGCUGAUGCGCAUAAGCAACAACAACAACAGCAAGAGGAGUCUGGGAAAAGUAAUUUAGCAGUGAAGAAUGCUGCUACUGUUCUUGCUGAUCAGGAUCAGAGGAAGGUGUUGAAGUUUGGAUUUUCAUCAAAACUUGGUGCAUCAAAGAGUUCAGGCAUGAGUGCAGCAAAGAAGCCGAAAACACCUAUUGCAUCAGUUUUUUUGAAAUGAUAGCGAUGAAGAGUAGUAAUAUUCAUAUUGUAUACUGUUUACUUGACUUCAUGUGGUUGUAUUGUAUACUAAAAAUAUAUUUUCUCUUGUAUACUACUUGGCUUGGUGUGGUGGUAAACACUUAACUUUAACAACUAUACAUUAAUGGUUGUUUCUUUUUGACUUAAUAUGGACA